AUGAAAUCAAGAUAUGAGGUUGAUGAUGUGACUAUUUUUGUUACUUUUAUUCCAGUUGAAAGCUUGUGUAAGAAAGGGAUUGUGAGUUUUGCAUAUGGUAGUGGUCCACAUGUAUUGGCCAUUACUUCUGAGGGAGAACUUUACAGUUGGGGUCAUAAUGGUUACUGCCAACUUGGAAACGGAGGAACUAAUCAAGGUCUAAGCCCAGGCCUUGUUUCUACAAAUUUGCUUGGACGUAAAAUCGUAGAAGUAGCCUGUGGUAGUCAUCAUUCCAUGGCACUGACAACUGAAGGAGAGGUGUAUUCUUGGGGCCAAAACAACUGUGGGCAAGUAGGCCUUGGUACUACAACUAACCAACCAACUCCAAGAAAAAUUACUGCUGGAAUAGGUUCAAGAAAAUGUAUAUCUAUAGCAUGUGGACAGACAUCUUCCAUGGCUGUUUUAGAUAAUGGAGAGGUUUAUGGAUGGGGAUAUAACGGAAAUGGACAGCUUGGCAUAGGAAGUAACGCCAAUCAAGCUAAUCCAUAUCGUGUUUCUAAUCUUCAAGGUGUAGUAAUUCAGAAGGUUGUAUGUGGUUAUGCUCAUACAAUGGCACUCUCUGAUGAAGGUGUGUUGUAUGCAUGGGGUGCUAAUUCAUACGGGCAACUAGGUACUGGAAACAAAGCUAACCAAGUAUUACCAGUGAGAAUAGCAUCUGAAAUAGGAAGGGUUGUGGAAAUUGCUGCCUCUCAUUACAAUCAUAUAUCAGCUGCAUUAACACAAACAUCAAAAGUUUAUAUGUGGGGCCAAUGCCGUGGCCAAGCUGUUACAUCAGCAGCAGAAACCCCAUUCCACUCUCUACAUGAUGUUUUUGCAUGUUUUGCUUCUCCUGCUGUAACAUGGAAACCUAUGGAUUUAGAUGUGGUUUUGACAAACCGAGUAAGUGAUAGCCUGAGACAAUCAUUUGAUGAAGAGGAAUCAAGUGAUUUGAAGUUUAAUGUUGAUGGCAAAUUGAUAUAUGUUCAUAAAGCUAUACUGAAAAUCAGGUGUGAACAUUUUAGGUCUAUGUUUCAAGCACAUUGGGGAGAAGAUGAAAAAGACACAAUAGAUAUAACUCAAUUUUCAUAUCCUGUUUAUCGAGCAUUCCUGAAGUAUUUAUACACUGAUGAAGUAGAUCUACCUCCCGAGGAUGCUAUUGGUUUAUUAGAUCUGGCCAACUCCUAUUGUGAAGUGCAACUGAAAAGGCACUGUGAGUGCAUCAUUAAACAUGGAAUAACUGUAGAAAAUGUAGCAAUGUUAUAUGCCGCUGCUCUUAAAUAUUCUGCAAAGGAGCUUGAGGACUUUUGUUUUGGAUUUGCCUUGAACCAUCUUACUGCAGUUGCCCAAACAGAGGCUUUCAAUAAGUUAGAUGAACCUACUGUAAAGAAUUUUAUAUUGAAAGCUGCACGGCAUGGAGCCUUUAAAUACUGACAAAGAUUUUAAUUUAGACCUUGCAGCAUGUUAUGAAAUUCAUGUUGACAUUUCAAGAGCUGUUCUUGCCUGCAGUAACUUAGUAUGUAACAUAAAGCAAUAGUUAUUUUGAUAUUGUAGUAAAUAUGUCUCUGUGGACUCAAAUUAGGUUUGUGAAGUUAAAAGCAAUAGUAUGUUUUAAAUCUCUUCAUUGUAUUCUGCCAUUUGUUUCUUUAUAAAAAUAGAGUAGUUGAAUUAUGAAAAUUACCAUUUAAAUUCUCUGAUUCAUAUUUUAUAAAUUAUUUUAUUUGAAAAGGAAAUAAUAAUGGCACAUGUAUGUUUACAGAUGAACAGUGAAGCAUGAUUGUAGUGAAUUAUUAUUAUUUUGGAUUGUAAUAUGCAUUUUUUUCCAUUUUUAAUGCAUUUUUUAUUCAAAUAUUUUGUGUGCUUUUAAUUUUUUUAACAAUAAAUGGGUGAUUGAUAAAUUUAAGCUAACAUAAUUAAGUAUAAUAUAUUUUUUGAGAUUGAGCCUUAAUAAUUGAACUAGAAAUAUCUUCACUAAUGUCCAUGGGGUAUAUAACAUCUUAUUUUGCAAUCAAACGAAACAUUUGUUUUAUUCUAAAGCUAGUCUUCACAUGUUUUUUUUUUUUUUUUUUUUUUUUUUUGUUGUUGGUUUAUAAAAAUAUUUAAAAAGGAUGUUUUCUGAGUUUAAGAUUUAAAAAGCUAAAAAAUUUCUAUUUGAAUAGAUUGUGGAAUAAGAGUGUGUUUGUCAUAAGACUUAUUUUUGUUAUUAUUAUUAAUCUUACACUAGAACUCUUGGCGUUUAUCACUGAUAUUCCAAGAUAAACUUUUGUAAUGAAAAUUUGGCAUUUUCAAUGGGAAAAAUCACCUUGGUAUUGAGAAUGUGAAGCACAAUUUUUAUUCUAUGUUAUGGCAAUUUUUGAACAAAGUAGAAUGUUUUGUAAUAAUUUAUAUACAAAUGUUUUAUAACCAUACAGUUGUUAUAUAUUAUGAAUAAAAUUUUAUAAGGAGAAAAGGAAUUUAUAAUGGCACAUAUAUGAUGUAUAAAAUGUCAAAAUUAGUAUAAAAAAUUAGUUUGUCUUCCAGCUGAAAGUUGGCAAUUAAAGACAUUUUGAAAGUAACCUUCAGCCAUUUUUAAAGCAAUUAAGAACAACUGAAGAGUAUUUCAAAAUUACAUUUCUUAUAAGCCAGUUUCGUAUGUAAUGUUUAAGCUCUUGAAAUUCAAACAAACAUGCUUUUGCAAGUCUAGGCUUUAAAUAGGUAUUUUAAUGUCAAUACUGCAUAUGUAAAUUCUGCAUUGAAUAAUGAAGCAUUGAUCUUCUGAAGCACUGAAUCAGUAUUUAAUUCAUUGCUUCAGAUGUACAUUCUUAUAAUACAAUAAUUCUGAUAACGCAGCAUAAUGGCAAAGUACAAAAAAAUGUGUGCUACAGUGAAUUAAUAUAUUUAAUUAUUAAAAACUGCACUUUCAUUGCACAAAAUGGAUUGCAUAGCUUUGUUUAUUGCAUUUAAAAAAAAUCCAUGGUAUGGUGGCCAUGGUAUGGUAUCCGUAGUUGUAGUUAUACUUCAAGGUUUAAUUUUAUUUAAAAAUUUUUUAUGUAUUCAUUAAGACAAAAUUAAAAAUAUAGGCCAAGAAAGAUACCCAGAGUAGCAAAUUGUAAAUUAUAUUCUGCAGCUACUGCACAUUCUAAUUAAAAUUUGUGUUAUAUAUGGCUAUCUUAAAAAUUAUUAAAUACCUGGAAGGAAUCAAACAAAUGUGAGCAGUAUAGAUAUGAUAGGUUUUUGCACAUAUAUAAACAGGGAAUGAAAUGUCUGAUAAAUUUCUGAUACAAAUGAAAUCAUUCCUUUUUGUAAUAGAUAUUGUUUUCCAUUUUUAUGAAUUAUCGUUUAAUUUCUAAGCCUGUGAAAGGCAGGAUAAUACAAUUUACUGUUCUGCUUUGUGAGAUAAUUAUUGCUAAUUUCUCACAUGAUGUAAAUUAGAAUUUAUAUGUGUCUGUUAAUUACUUAACAACAUUUCAACGUAAAAGAAGUUCAGUUUUUGUACUAUUAUGUAUGAGGCAGUUGAAUCAAAAGGAAGGAAAGCAUGGCAUUUUGUACUGAAAAUAUUUAUUUGUUGCCCAAGAUAUAGUUUUUAUAAAUAUUUCCUGAAAUAGUUACAGUUUAAGAGUAAUCCUGAAGUAAUUACAGUUAAGUUACAGUUUAACAUCUGUUCUGAAUCCAUCAUUGUUAUAAUAUAUUUUUUUAGUAGAUUUAGGUGUUUGUUUUACUGCUAAGUGCUCCAAAUUAUUAAUUAAAAGUAAAUUCAAGGAAAUUAUUUAAUUAUAUAUGAAAAUGGGGUUAUGUAACUUUCAUUUUUUAUAUUUAAGUUGAAUAUGAUUAGGCAAACUGAAUCAGAAUAAGGAAUAUUGAAGACUGUCUUGAAAUUCAUUGCCAUAUCUUCAGUUGUUUGAAAUAUGUAAGAAUAAUAUAUUUUAUUAGUAAUUAAUAGUGCAAUUUUUUAUUUUAGUUAAUUAAGAAAAGUAUUUUUAAUCUAUAAUAAAAUUUAGAUUUCCGUUUCUCCCUAGUGUGAUAUACUUAAGUAACUUUUGCAUUUGCCAAAUUUUGGACUAUAUCACACUAGUGCCAGUUAUAUGUCCCUUCUAUUUUCUGCAAAUUUUGUUACUUCAAAAAAUAAUAGAGUUAAAUGUGUGUAUGUAAAUUUUAUAUUUGAUUGCAGUUUGUUAUGCAUUUUACAUUUAUUUAUUCUUAAAAUCUCUCUGUAUGAACUUAUUAUUUUAUUAUUCUAAAAAAUUAUGAUCUCAGAUAUUUUCAUUUUCUUUAUUCAGAAUUAAUUAAGGAAAAAAAAUUAAAAAAGUGACCAACAGUAUUUAUUAUUGUAACUUCAUGUAUGAUUAUGACAUUAUUUGAUUGAUACAGUGCACAUGAUAGAAUAAUGAAUUUGGUAUUAAUAUAUAAAAAAUAAUUUGAUAUUCUUCCAGUUCUAGCAAGGAAUAUGAUUGCAAAAAUAUAUUGUUGGCCUUAUACUUUUUCUUAGACUUUUAUCAUUCUUCGGAACUUAUUUAUAGUAUAAUCAGAGAUGCUUGUUUCAAAUAAUUUAUUUUAAAAAUAUAUUAACUCCAUUUGCUUGUUGAAAUUAAGAAGAAACAUUACUUUUUGCACAAUUAACUUUUGACUGAUGUUUAUCCUGAACAGUAUAGUAGCUAGUAGAAUGUUUGCUAGUUUGAAACCAAGAUGUGGGUUUGAAUCCCACAUAAGGCUUAUCUGUAUGUAGGUGUCCCCUCCCAUCCCCAAAGAACCCGUAGUAGUAUCAUGAAGGUGAGUUUGCUAAAUGACAUAUGGGUUCGGCUAUUUCUAACAGAUGUUUAUAAGGAAGUAUCCAGUCACCUUGGGGGGGGGCAGAGUGUAUGGAUAAUUUUAGUUGAUGCUUAAUCUUAUAAAAAAUUAAUAUUCAUUUAAAGGGCUUUAAAAUGUUUAUGGUUAGAGUUUAAUAAAAGCUCAUAAUAUUUAUAUCAUAUUGUUUAAUAAUCAUAUUGUUCUAAUCUAAAUAAUCUAAAUAUCAUAUUGUUUGUAUCAACAAAUAUGUUGAAAGUUUAACAUUUCACAUAAUUUAUAUAAUGCUUAGCAUUCAGACUUUAUAUGACUUGAAAACUUGUAUCAGAAAUGCUGUAAAUUAAAUAUGAAUGUUAUAUACUUUGUGGGACCAAAUUCACUGCUGUCCUUAGACUUUCUCUAAUGCUAAGUGGACAUUUAAACUAUAGAUUGUUAAAAGCCAGUAGCAUUUCAUUUGCAUGUUAAGUUACAUUGUCUGAUAAACUGUGUGAUAAUUACAAUUCAUAUCUCAUGUGAGUUUUUUCCCCCUGCUUUUAAUGUGAAAUUCUCUGCUGUAGAUUAUGAAAUGAUAAUCACUUAGGUUAUGACAACAUUUUCUUAUAAGUUAAAGAUUGAUAAAUUUAUAAUUGAAUAUGUAUUUCAUGUCUUUCAAAGGCAGAAUUUAAUCUGCAGUUACCCCCCCUCCCAAAAAAAAUCUUAUAAUUUUAUUUAUUCCUAUCACCUGGAUUAGAGAAAGUUGUGAUGAUUUGAAAAAGAUAAAAAUUGCUUGUAAAUAAUAAACCCUGUAUGUUACUACAUUGAUAUACAGUUUAUGAUAACUCAACAUAAAGUGACUUUCUAUUUGAGCAAUACAAUUAAUGUGUCUUUUAUGUCAUAUUGUCUGUCAGGUGCUUGAUGACAUUCAUCAUUUUUUGUGCUAUGCAGCUGGAAGCUGUAUUCUUAUUACUUAAUAUUUUUAUAUGAGGCAAUUUUAUUAAUUUAUGUGAUUUUUAUUGUUACACUGCAUUUAAUUUUGUAAUUUGAUAUGGUGCACAGUAAAUUUUCAACUCUGUAUAUCUUUGCACUGUACAUGCAAAAUAAUUGCUUUUGCUUACUGUAAUAGUGAUUAGUAAAUAGUAUAUGUGAGUGAUGUAAGCUCAUAAUGUUUCAUCUUAGCUUAAAUAAAGGGAGAAGCUCUUUAUAUCCCUGUCAUAUUUAUUAAUUUUUGACAUUUUUUCAUUUAUUACAAAACCGCUUUUCUAAGCUUUUUGUAUGGUGUAAGUGAAGCUGUUUUGUCUGUGCUUUUUGUCUGUUAUACAAAUAAUACAACCAAAGAAUUAUUAGUGGCAUUCCUUGAAGGUCAGUUCUUGAAUUAAGUAAAGUAAAGCAGAUGAAGGGUCUUUGGAUUAUCUCCUUUGAGGAUUAGUAUUGCAAAAUAUGCAGUGUUCUCUGUUUACAUAUCAUAUUAAUAUACUUAUUAUUAAUUAAAUAUGUGUUUAAUUCUUUGUAAUUAAUUUCCCUUUUCUCCUUCUUAUUUUAAAUUAAUUUUACUUGAAAUAAACAAUUUAUUUUUGCUUUUAGUAGCUUGAAUAGAGUUGCAUCAAUGAUAAUGAUGAAACAGUCAUAAAUUUAUAUGUAAAUAUAUUCACAGAGAUGUACUACAUAAUUUAUUUUAGUUAUAAGCAGGAACUUACAUAACUAAAUGCUUGAAAUCAAUAUUUGAUUUGAAACAGCUCAUUAAAUGUUAGUUUUAAUUCUUUAUUUAUAACUCAUCAUAUUACGUAAUAUUUUUACUUUAAAACCAUUUUACCGUACGUGUGUGGUCUGAUAAGGAAAACUUAUGUAAUUGAAAUUAAUUAAUGUAUGAAUUGUUUCUAUUAAUUUAAACGAAGGAACAUAUAAAUCUUUUCUUUGUUUAAUAUUAUCUUUGUUUUGUUGUUAGAGAAAAUUUCUUCAUAAAAUUCCAUAA